AUGGACGACGUAGACUACAAAUUAGCGACUCUCAUUAGCAUUUUCGACCAAAAGAACCCAGACGAACUGCUCCAAGCUCUGGGAAGAUCGAACUCAAAUUUGGAAGCUUGUAUUGAAAGUCUAGUAUCAGGCACCGACGUCAUCAAAUCAACAGGAUCUAGCACCAAGAGAAAGAACACGUCGAUUGAAUCCUUCCUUGUUCGUGCUUCUCCCUCUACAUCAGCACGAGAAUCCAACACAUUUGACCGUACCCACAAACAGUCACUGCCAACAAUAAAACGUGCUAGGACGGAUCUAGCUGGUACGGAUCUUACCAUUUUAGAACAUAGCACGAGACAAUCUACCGACAGUCUAGUCAAGAAGAAUGCAUUCGAACCAUCAGACGAUAGCACAGAUGCGUUCAAAACGAAUGCAUUCGACAUACUGAAAUGGAAUGAAGACAGGGUCAUUAUGAAUAGCAAACUUCCGGUUAAGAUAUUGAAGCAGCCAGACGAAGUUAAAUCAUAUCUGGCAUGCUGUGAACUUGUGCUAGACUACUUGAAUAAAGAACUGGCCAACCGGUUACUUAAAUCCAGUCUAGCUGAGGCAAAGAGUUGGGACAGGCACGAAUUUGUUAUAAACGAGAAACCCGUCGUGAGCGAGCACUUGUCGUCGUUUUACGUAUCUGGUUCUGGGUCUUUAUCUAUCGACUCAGUAAUAUAUGGUGGAAAGGCUGCUCCAGACUCACGACUCAUGACAGAAGAUAUGGAAGAAGCUCGAGAGCUUGUCGAUGCUACUGUGAACGAAAGAUUAUCUCAACGGACUAGAUUCCCGGGCGAAAUACCUUGUCGCUGGAGGUCAAAUGCUCUCGUUGCAAAUUGUUAUACAGAUGAAACCCAGAAUGUCGGGUUUCAUGCUGACAGGUUAACCCAGAUUGGUCCAAUGCCAACCAUUGCUAGUGUUACUCUUGGCGCAACGCGAGUGUUUCGAGUAAGAAAAAUCACCUCUGAACCUGGUGCUCCUGCUCAAACUCUUGAUAUUGUCCUGCCUCACAAUUCACUGCUCAUUAUGUUUCCCCCAUGUCAAGAAAUGUUCAAGCACUCCGUGCCAUCUCAAAAGGCGGUGUCUCUCACUUGGAAUGAUAUUUCUGGAUCCGCCCGAAUCAAUCUCACAUUCAGACACUAUCGAAGUGAUUACACAAUAGCAGACACUCCGAGGUGUCUUUGUGAUAACCCAUGUGACUUGAAACCUGUAAUGAAAAAGGACUAUUCGCUAGGCAAAUAUUUUUAUCAGUCGAAAGGAAUCAAGGUUGGGACGAACUGUGGAUUCUUUCAAUGGUUGCCUUUGGAGGAAAAGAUUACACAGGCGAAGCAGCUCCGUGUUGUCUGA